CCCGCAAUCGAGCAAUGGAUAGAUGAAACGCAGCAGCAACAGAGGCAGAGCACCAAUGUGGGACGGCAACCGCAGCGGAGUACGGUGGCAGAAAGCUCGCCGAUGGGUAACUUCAGUACGGGUCAACGGCCGAGUUUGUUGAGGAGUGGGUUGACCACGUCGCGAGAGGACAUCACGCUUGGCCCGCCAAAGACACAGUUCGCUUCGAGCCGCACCGUCUCGAGGCUUGCCGACUUCGCAGAUAAGCCUGCCACGCCGCCGACAGAGGCAGCGCUGGAGGAGAGGGAUGGCAAGAACGGCGGACGCACUUUCGGCGACAAGUCUAAUAGAAAGAGCUUAGGGGCUACCGAGACGGACGGCAGACACAACAGAGAGAGCUGGACAAGCGUGCGCGACCGACGUGCGCUUGGCGGAGACGAGGAGAAAGCAGAGGGCGAUGAGCGCAAGUUCGGCAGACGGGACCAUGCAACGGACGGUGAACGGCGCAAUGGCUACAGCGAGCGCCCGGACAGUCGCUGGCACAGGGAUGAAAGGCGGACAACCGCGGAGCGUCAAGGUGGGUGGCGUGAACGCGAGAAGGAGCGGAGAGACCGCGAUUUCGACAAUGGUCACAACGACAAGGAGCCGGAAUGGAUGGACGAUCCGGCGCCGAAAGUACAAGAGGAUGACUUUGGCGAGUUGACGAGCAUGCCGAAGAAUCAGGAAGAUUUCGAGAAGUGGAAGAAGGCGCAGCAUGCGCGAUACAGAAAGUCUACAGAUGAGCCGGAGGCGGUACCGGCAGAGCCGCCUCCGGGUGCAUCAGCAUCUGAAGUGCCAUCCGCGAAGAGCAUAGCUUCAUUGAAGCUCGAGGGCAUCGUGGACAAGCCCUUUGGCAAUUGGAACGAAGGCAAGAGUACAGACGGUGCCGCUGAGAGCGCUGGAGUGCAGACGUCUGCGGCGUCAGCCAAGGGCAAUGCCAAGAGCAAAACGAGCAGGUUCAUGCCAAUGUUCAAGAAGGAUGAGCUGAAGGAUGAACUGUUAGCGAUAGCGAGCAGUUCGCCGGAACCGGCCACCACAGCAGUCAAUGGUUCUGCAGAGGACAAGGCAGGCUUCGAGAACAUCUUGCGCAUGCUUGGCAAUACUGGCGUUGGUCAAGAAGCUACUCCGAACGAGCCGGCUUCACCGCCGCCGAGACAGGUGUCAAAUGGGACAAAGCCGAAGAGUAGGUUCACCGGCUUCUUUGACCAAACCAAAAGUCCUGACAGGAUGCAACCACCAACGACGGGCAAGCAAGCUCCGUCCAAGCCUGUGGAGAGUGAGAUGCUGCAGACCGGUCGUGGUUUCAUGGAAGAACCUAACAACAUCUUCGGCGGCACCCUUGGCGAGGAGAUCUCAAGAGACCAGCGUCCGACAGCGCAAGCUGUAAGCACCGCGAUGUCGCCAGAUUCCAUCUUGCAAACCAACGUGCCGAAAGACCCAAGGUCGCAGACUGGCCGGAUGAACGACAUCUUCCUCGACCCCACGCACCGCGGCGCUUCUACGCCAGAUACGAAUAUUGAAGACUUGCUUGCCUCGCAGCGCAACCAACAGCGCCAGCAGGGUGUAGAUAACAAGAACAGCGAGUUUCUGCUAGGCUUGUUGCAAAACAAGGGAGCGUCGAGACCUCCGUCACAGCAGCUCCGGCAGGCUCCUCCCGACUUUCAGCUGUGGCGCGAGCAGCCACCAAUCAUACCAGAGACGCAUGCACCGAAGCCUCGUGCUCCGCCGCCACCUGGUCUGUUCGAGGACCAGCUCCUCCGCAACCAUCCACAAGAGCCACCGAGGCAAGAGCAGCCGUCAAUGGCCAACAAUGACAUGGUCCAGCGCCGGACAUCUCAGCGUGCACCGCCCGGCUUCUUCGACGAGCCAGGCCUGUUCCAGCAACAGCAGCAGCAGCAUCAACAACAGCAGCACCACCACCACCAGCGCAACUUCACCGAAUCGGCACGCCAAUUCGGGCAGCCCGCAGCCAGUCGUCGCAUGAGCAAUCAAAUCAAUAUACCACCGAUGCAGAUCCUGCCGCAUGCGCAACCGCCAUCCGCACCGUUUCCAGGAGAUUUUAUGCAAAGUCCAAACUCCGCCGUACCACCACCAGGUUUCCACCCACACAUGCCGCGGCAUCCGCCCGGCAUUCACAAUAUUCCAAACAUCUUCUCUGCGCCCCAGCCGCCGAAACAGCAGCCGCAGCGAGAGCCGAUGGGCUUCAACGGUUUAGGUGCUGUAGGAGGCACUGGUAUGCUGCCGCGGACGACAUCGCCGCCUAAUGCGCCUCCGGGUUUCUUUGCUGGACCGCAGGGUUUGCCACAGGGGUUUAUGCCGAUGCGGAGUCCGCAGGAGGGCAUGCCUGUUGGCGCUAGUGGCGGCGGGAGAGGGUUUGAUGCAUUCCGGGGGCUUGGACAGGGGCGGUAGAAGCGUCCGGCUGAGGAGGCCAAGGAAGUGGAGGCAAUGACGGUGUUGGCGGGCGGCCUGUGGCUCGAUCGUCGUCAGGGGAAGAAGCGUGUUAGACGUUAAACGCCCCACGUGGUUCAGGGAGUCGAUGCUUGCGUUGCGAAGAGGGAGGGCCCAGGCAUGGCAUCUCACGCUGGUAACGCACGUCGUUCGCUUGUGUGAUCAGCUCCAGGUUUGUGCAUGCUAGCCAAUAGAGCUUGGGGAGGGAGGAUG